UCUGAGGCCGCCCGACUAGCAAUGCUCUCCCGACAAAAGGGCUGAGCAGCAGCCUGCGAUAUCCGCUGCGCUCCCGAGAGGUCGGUCGGUCGACACAGCCUUCGGACAGCGGUCUUGGUUUUUUUUUUUUUAAGGGGGGGUGGGUGGUGGGGAGUUGAAACUGCCGGCGAUGUGUGUGCAUGCAUCCUCCUGCACAAAGGCAGACCUUUCUCCGAGUGCUGCUGCCUCCACUGGAUUACAUUCAUCCUCGCUGUUUCCAAGGAAGCUUCCAGCUGCAAAUCCACCCACAUGAAUCUGCCAGACAGUAAAGAAGACGGAGCACUUCCUACCAAGAGUGCCUACCCCUGUUGAGCGAAGCCCUGCCCCCCUCGUAUCUCCGUCAUCUCCGACCAAAACCGCGGUGGUGCCAUGACUCUGCCCAAGACAGGUGGAGUUCUGGCCCAGUCCAGGAGGCCUAUCCUGGGGCUCUGCCUUAGCCCAUCUUCCCUGUGUCUGCUGCUGCCUUUGAUUGUCCUGCUAACCAGACCUUUAAGCAGCGUGUGUGGAGCACUAGCUCCCCCAAAGUUCACCAAGAUUCCCACAGACCAGAUCGGAGUGUCAGGGGGUGUGGCAUCAUUUGUGUGCCAGGCCACUGGCAAUCCCAAGCCUGUCGUCUACUGGAAUAAGAAGGGCAAGAAGGUCAACUCCCAGCGUAUCGAGACUGUCGAGUUUGAUGAGGGUGCAGGUGCUGUGCUGAGGAUCCAACCGCUCAGAGCACCCCGAGAUGAGAACAUCUACGAGUGUGUUGCACGCAACAGUGAAGGAGAGGUGUCUGUCACUGCAAAGCUGGCCAUUAUCAGAGAGGACCUGUUGCCAUUUGGCUUCCCCAGUAUAGACAUGGGGCCCCAGCUGAAGGUGGUGGAGCGGACCAAGACAGCCACUAUGCUGUGCGCCGCCAGUGGCAUCCCUGAUCCAGAGAUCUCCUGGUUCAAAGACUACCUGCCUGUGGAUCCCAGCAGCAGCCAGGGUCGGAUCAAACAGCUUCGAUCAGGAGCAUUACAGAUCGAGAACAGCGAGGAAACAGACCAAGGGAAGUACGAGUGUGUGGCCACCAACUCUCAAGGCGUGCGCUACUCCUCUCCCGCAAACCUAUACGUGCGAGGAGCGACAGACACAUUGCGCCGUGUGCCCCCUCGUUUCUCCAUCCUCCCCUCCAACCACGAGAUCAUGCCGGGAGGGAGCGUCAACAUCACCUGCGUGGCCGUGGGUUCGCCCAUGCCUUACGUCAAGUGGAUGCUCGGCAACGAGGACCUGACCCCUGAGGAUGAAAUGCCGAUUGGACGGAACGUGCUCGAGCUAAAUGGUGUCCGGGAGUCUGCAAACUACACCUGUGUGGCCAUGAGUAGCCUGGGUAUCAUUGAGGCCACGGCUCAGGUGUUAGUCAAGACUUUACCAAAGCCUCCCGGCACACCCAUCGUCACGGAGACCACCGCCACCAGCGUGACCAUCACCUGGGACUCUGGCAAUCCCGACCCCGUCUCCUACUACAUCAUCCAGUACCGCGCUAAAGGGCCUGAGAGCAAGUACGAGACGGUGGACAGCAUCACCACCACCCGCUACAGCAUCGGCGGGCUGUACCCCAACACCGAGUACGAGAUCCGAGUGUCGGCCUUCAACAGCAUUGGCCAGGGCCCGCCGUCGACCCGCGUGGAGGCUCGCACGGGAGAGCAAGCCCCCGCCAGCCCUCCGCGAAACGUUCAGGCCCACAUUAUCUCUGAGAACACUGUGAUGGUCCGCUGGGAGGAACCAGAGGAGCCCAAUGGACAGGUGAAAGGCUAUCGGGUGUACUACACCAUGGACCCGUCCAGGCCCAUGAAUGAGUGGCAGAUCCACAACGUCCAGGACAGCGUGAUCACCACCAUCCAGAACCUCGUCACCUCAGAGACCUACACCAUCCAGGUCCUCGCCUUCACCUCUGUCGGGGACGGACCCUUCUCAGACCCCGUCCACGUUAAAGUCAUUCGUGGAGUCCCUGGCCAACCAGGCAAGUUUAAAGUCGGUAGGGUGACAGACACCAGCAUUGAACUGACCUGGGAACCUGCCUACACCAAGGAGAAAAUUGUCAACUAUGAGCUGCUCUACAAACCUGUCAAGUUUGGCAGUUUGGAGAAGCUGACCUUCGGGCCGAGGAAUUCGUACAACGUGGAGGGCCUGAAAGCGAACACUGAGUACUCCUUCUCUCUGGCCGCCAUCUCAAACAAAGGCAUCGGAGCUUUCACUAAUGAACUGGUGCAGAGGACGUCACAAGCCAAGCCCUCAGCUCCACCAGAGGGUGUGUCCUGCGAGAGUGCCAGCUCCACCUCGCUGAGAGUAAGUUGGAGGCCACCUCCAAGAGAGGGCCAGAAUGGCGAGUUGGCAGGUUAUGAGCUGAGAUACCAGAGAGUUUCUGGGGCAGGAGGCGGAGGUCAGGGCCUGGAGGCAAAAGGGCUUCCUAUCGCAGCCCAGCAAGGGCAGACUUUGGUAGAGGGGCUGGAGAAGUGGAGCUGGUACAACAUCACCAUGGCAGCCUCCACUGCUGAGGGGACUGGACCCGGCAGCCCAGCUGUGCUCUGCAGAACAGAUGAGGACGUUCCCGGCGCAGCCCCUCGUCAGGUGGACGUCCAGCCACUCAACUCCUCAGCACUUCGAGUCACAUGGCGGUCGGUGUUGCCACGGUUACGGCAAGGCCAGGUCCGCGGCUACCAGGUGCAUUUCAGCCGUGCAGAGAACGGUGAAUCACGCAACCUUCCCCGGAUCAAAGACCUCUUAUUGGAUGAGUCUCAGAUGGAGGAGGAUGACUCGACUCAAUACGAGCUGAUUUUGGGAGGUUUGAAAGCAGAGACUUUAUACUCUGUCUCCGUGGCAGCGUACACCACCAAAGGGGACGGAGCACACAGCAAAGCCAGGCUGGUGCAGACCCCUGGGAUUGUGCCCGGCCCCCCCUCUCUUUGGGUGCGUCCAGGAUCGGGUCCAUCAGUAGUGGUGCGGUGGGCUCCUCCGCUGGAGUGCUCUGAGUCAGGUUCUGAUAGCCGGGGGCCCCCGCUGGAAAUCCAGGGCUACCGCCUACAGUUUGGCCUCAAGAAUACCUCUUUAGACACCACAGUGGAUUUCACAAAUCGUGAGAAAAACUUCACUGUCAGAGACCUUUCCCCAGGCUCCUCCUACGUGUUUGUCCUUUCCGCAAAAAGCCGAGCAGGCUACGGAGAUGUAGUGCAGCAGGAAAUAGCAGUUCCCAUGUUUCCACCCUCGGGAUACCCCAAAAUAUCUGACUUCGUUAAUGCCACUUGCUGCUCCCUGCAGUUCUCCUGGCUGGCCCCUGCCCCAGAAGAGUGCAACGGUGUCAUUACAGAGUACACUAUAGCUUACAAGGAGACUGCAAGCCCCAAACCCUCUGCUAACCCGGGCCCUUCCGCCUUACCAGCCCCCUCUGCUCCCCCAUGGCUGAUCACACUACCAGCGAGUGAGUCCAGCUACACCAUCCUGGGCCUCAAUCACAGCACAGCCUACGAGGUGCAGCUCAGAGCCCACAACAAGGCAGGGCCGGGCCCCUUCAGCCCCCCUCUGGUGUGCCUCACCCUGGCCUUGGAAACAGAUGUGCCGAGGAAUUUUUCAGUCAACCUGGCCACUAAGACCAGUGUUCUUCUGACCUGGGAGUUUCCAGAGACCAGCAACUCCUACCGCUUUACUGUGGAGUAUAACCGCCAAAAGAUGGAGGUGGACGCUCGCCUGAGGAAGGCAGUCAUCCCAAACCUUCAGCCUGACACCAGCUACGACUUUAAAAUCACUGCACCUGAGGGCAACAUGGGAGGCCUUCGCCACCGCAUCACCGCCAAGACAUCCCCACCCAUCACCGUCCGCCGCCCUGAGAUUGACCACACCCGUGAAACCGAAACCACCGUCACUAUCAUCUUGCCAUCGCUGGAAACACGGACUCCUGUCAAGAAUGUUUAUGUUGUUGUGGUUCCGCUGCGGAGAGCCCGCGGCGUCAUCAGACACCUCAAGAGCCCAGAUGAAAUGGACCUAGAGGAGCUGUUAAAAGAUAUCAGUCAAAGACAGAGGGAUUCUCGACAGCAGAAGCAGGUGGACCUGCGUCGGGCUUACAUCACAGCCCGUUUCACACCUGCCACCCUACCAGCCUUCUUCACCCUCGGGGACCAGCUGGACUACGGAGGCUUCGAGAACCGAGCUCUGGAGUCGGGGCAGGAGUACGUCUUCUUCAUCCUGGCAGAGCUGAAUUCCACAACCGGGAAGAUGUACGUGGCCAGCCCUUACACAGACCCGGUGAUUGCGCCAGACUCGGACCCUCAGCCCUUCGAUGCAGGCGAUGGGCUGAUCUGGGUGGUCGGACCUGUCCUGGCUGUGGUCUUCAUCAUCUGCAUCGUUAUCGCUAUUCUCCUUUAUAAAAACAAACCUGACAGUAAGCGCAAAGACUCGGAACCCGGAACCAAGAGUCUUCUGAGCAACGCGGAGAUGAUGGCCCAUCACCCCACAGACCCCGUGGAGAUGAGGCGCAUCAACUUCCAGACUCCUGGAAUGAUGAGCCAUCCUCCCAUCCCCAUCAGCGAGCUGGCUGAGCACAUAGAGCUGCUGAAAGCCAACGACAACCUGAGACUCUCCCAGGAGUACGAGUCAAUCGACCCGAGUCAGCAGUUCACCUGGGAACACUCCAACCUGGAGGUUAACAAGCCCAAAAACCGCUACGCCAACGUCAUCGCGUACGACCACACCAGAGUCAUCCUGGCGCCCAUAGAAGGUAUCCUGGGGAGCGACUACAUCAACGCCAACUACAUUGAUGGCUACAGGAAGCAGAAUGCCUACAUUGCUACCCAGGGGCCGCUGGCGGAGACGUUUGGGGAUUUCUGGAGGAUGGUGUGGGAGCAGCGGGCCGCCUCUGUCGUCAUGAUGACACGUCUGGAGGAGAAAUCACGGAUAAAGUGUGAUCAAUACUGGCCAAGCCGCGGCACCGAGACAUACGGGAUGAUCCAGGUCACGCUGCUGGACACAAUGGAGCUGGCCACCUUCUGCGUUCGCACCUUCUCCCUGCAUAAGAGUGGAAGCAGUGAGAGGAGAGAGGUGCGUCAGUUCCAGUUCACGGCUUGGCCCGAUCACGGCGUGCCAGAGUAUCCGACCCCCUUCCUCAACUUCCUCCGCAGGGUCAAAGCCUGCAACCCUCCCGAUGCCGGACCCAUCAUUGCUCACUGCAGUGCUGGCGUUGGUCGCACCGGAUGUUUUAUCGUCAUCGAUGCAAUGCUGGAGCGCAUUCGACAUGAGCGCACUGUGGACAUCUACGGCCAUGUGACCCUGAUGCGCUCACAAAGGAACUAUAUGGUGCAAACGGAGGAUCAAUACAGCUUCAUCCACGAGGCCCUGCUGGAGGCCGUGGCCUGCGGGAACACUGAAGUGGCUGCCAGGAGUCUGUACUCCUACAUGCAGAAGCUGUCAAAGGUGGAGAGCGGGGAGCAUGUCACCGGCAUGGAGCUGGAGUUUAAGCGGCUGGCUAACACCAAAGCCCACACGUCCCGGUUCGUCACAGCCAACCUGCCUUGCAACAAAUUCAAGAACCGACUGGUCAACAUCAUGCCCUAUGAAACCACUCGCGUGUGUCUCCAGCCAAUCAGAGGCCUGGAGGGCUCCGACUACAUCAAUGCCAGUUACAUAGAUGGAUACAGGCAGCAGAGAGGCUACAUUGCCACCCAGGGUCCACUGGCUGAGACUACAGAGGACUUCUGGAGGAUGCUGUGGGAACACAACUCCACCAUAGUGGUCAUGCUGACCAAGCUGAGAGAAAUGGGACGGGAGAAGUGUCACCAGUACUGGCCCGCCGAGCGCUCAGCCAGGUAUCAGUACUUCGUGGUGGACCCCAUGGCGGAGUACAACAUGCCUCAGUACAUCCUCCGGGAGUUCAAAGUUACAGAUGCCAGGGAUGGCCAAUCACGAACAGUGCGUCAGUUCCAGUUCACUGAUUGGCCAGAGCAAGGCGUGCCCAAAUCUGGGGAGGGCUUCAUCGAUUUCAUUGGCCAAGUGCACAAAACCAAGGAGCAGUUUGGCCAGGACGGACCAAUCAGCGUUCACUGCAGUGCUGGCGUUGGGCGGACAGGUGUCUUCAUCACUCUGAGUAUUGUCCUGGAGAGGAUGCGUUACGAAGGGGCAGUGGACAUCUUCCAAACUGUCAAAAUGCUGCGCACACAGAGACCAGCCAUGGUGCAGACUGAGGAUGAGUAUCAGUUCUGCUACCAGGCCGCUCUGGAGUACCUGGGUAGCUUUGACCACUAUGCAACGUAAGAGACGACACCACCAUCCAUCCAUCUUUCUGCUUCGAGGUCCACAAACAAACCAACACGCGACACAAGAGAAAGACGGCCUGAAAUAAUAGCGUGAAUAUUGAACCUUUUUUUUUUUUCCCGGGAGCAAGACGAAUUCUACACCAACUACGACAACAAGCGACACAAAAAAAAAAAGAAAAAAGCAACAACAAAAAAAAAGAAACAGCAACAACAACAACAACAACAGCACUCACGUUCAUCGGGAGCUUCCCUGAGGAGCUGGUGGGUGUGGAGACUAUCCAUGUGUAAUCCAUAUACUUACCUCAGUGUUCCAGUGUGAAGGACGUAUAAUACAUGUGUGUUGUGGUCAGCUAUCUCCAAUAUGAACCAGUGAAAUACAAAAUGGAUUCUGAACAGGAAUUAUGAUACUCUAUGUGUAUAAAAUACAAAAUGAUUUGAAAAAAAGAAACAAAAAAAGAAAAAAAAAGCACACACAAAGAGCCUGGAUAUUUGCUGCACCCUAAAUGGGCUUUUUAUCCUCAACUUUGUAUCUAUUGGUUUGGUGUACUGAAGGCGUUACAAAGUGCAAAAGGUGAACAUUUCUAUGUGUCUGUGAGUCUCUUUCAAAGGUGUCUACUGCUGACUGUAGUUUGAAGCAAAAGCUCAUCUUUUAGCGCCUCAGCAGAAGCCUACAGUUUGGACUCACCACCCUGAGGACUGUUGGAGAAGCAUGUGGAUGCUCAUUUACCCAAUGCACAGUGCCAAGAGAAACCCUGCAGCGUGAACUGUGGCCUAUAAGGAGAGAUGGCUCCUUCUGUCAUCCAGCAUAACACAAAGUCAGACUAGAGACCGCUCUUUAAAAAAAACAACAAAAAAAAAAACAAAAAGGUCAAGGAUCAGUUCACACCCUGAGUCUCGUCCUCACUGAGUAACAGCUGGCCUCAGAGCAGCGAUUAGGUCCCACCACUCCCCUGAACCGGGCUGAGACUUGUAGUCCAGCGCAGACUUCAUUUAACAAAGCUUGCUUGCUAUUUGCUGUAGUCCUUGUUCAUCCUCCAGCUCCGCUCCUCUUGAUGUCAGUCCCAUUGUGUCAGUACAGCAGUGGCUUAUUGAAAGAGAUGCUAAUGAGAGAACUGAGCUCCAGUCGGUUUUCUUUCUCUCGCGGCCCGUUUCUGUAGAUCUUUCUGUGUGUUUUUACUGUACGUCUUUGCCUUAUGCUGACUUUUUAUUUCGUUUUUUCUUGUGUUUUAACAUGCUGCUUAAUGCUCAUGCAUUGUGUGCUGAACUUUUAAUUGUCAUACAUCAUCUCCUCUCGAGGAUGAAAGUUGUUUCCUGAUCAUCUUCCUUCCUCUGAAGCUUCCCUACUUGAAUUGCACCACUUUGCAGUUAAAUCCUUCUUAUAUUUUUACUAGGUAAGGCUACUGGCAGUGAAAGAUAAUGAGAGAAAUCCAGAAAAUAUUCAGAGCUAGCGGGGAUAUCGCUCACUUUCAACAGUCCUCUCUCUUUCUCUCUCCCUUUCUCCCGCCUCCAUAUAAACCCCAUUAAAAUCUUCUCUGUUCCCUAAAUCCCACUGUACAGAACAUCCCGACUUUACCAAUUGAUGUUUUCCCCUCCGUCUAACUCCAGUACAACUGCACAAGUCCUUGAUAUCGGUGUAAAUCUUUUCUUAAUUUGACAUAUAAUCAUAAUUGGUCCCGCGUGGUGAUUAACGAGCACAGCGAUGUUGCAGUGUACCAGACAUCUUGGGCGAAUUCACCAAUUUUGUACAUACAGUCUUAUCAUUGGAGUCCUAUACAGUACAGUUACAUACGUCUGAGCACAAGAUAUAAUGUGGGAUUGGAUGUGAUGUAGUACUUAUUGUCGCAAAAAAGCCUUAUUGUUAUCGUUCACUUUGUCAUAUUUAUUUCAUAUGGGUUUUUUUUUUUUUUAAAGAUAUUUAUUAUUCUAUUUUGUUAUUUUUUAUGUUUGUUUUUAUUUCUAGCAAUUAUAACCAAUAAGAUGUUGUUUACUUGUUUCUUUUGGCGAGCCAAUGUUAAAGUAUGAUAUUGUCACUGUUUGUUUUUUUUAUUUUUACUGGUCAGUUUUGGUGCUUUUUUAUUUGCUUUAUUAUCAUAAAGUAUGCCCUCUGUGUAGGGUGCUAUUUGAUACUGAUUACUGAUGUCCGACUAGUUAGCUAGAGAUGUACAUUAGAGGCAGAACUAGUUUAAGUUUACAGUGAUGCCCUUUCGAAGCCCUCCUCGACCCAACCUACAUAGCAACAGCAGCGGUGGGAUCACAGCAGCGGAAGUGUGUUUUCCACCCCACCGCCGCCGGUGUAAGGGCAUCAGAGAAGUUAGAUAUAUAGAGCAGACUCAUCAGCGAGAACCUCCUGACGAGCUGCUGAUGUUUAGUUUGCUUGAAAGCACAUGGUAGCAAGUGUAUUUUUGACAGAGAAAAAGGUAAGAAUGGCCUAGCUACACACUUUACACACCCUCAAAGGUUAUUGUUUGAAUCUGAAAUUAUUCUCAUAUGAACUCUAUGUGUGGUCCUGAAGUCUUGACAAUGUUUGACAUAUAUGAAAUAUGUUAUUCCUUCGAUUUCUAAUGAUUAUUGUGUCAAGAGAAAUAUAAAAAGGCACACGCGAAACAUAAUAUGAAAUGUGUUGAGGGCCAGCUCUGAUGAUGCCAUCCCCCUCACUUAUGUACCUGUUCUUUCCUUUCAAACCAUAGAUGUAGAUAUUGUAUCUUGACUUUGUAUUAAAAGCAGGAUGAUUGGAUAUACAGCACAACGA